GUCCAUUACUCUAUUCCCUACCUACCCGUUGAGCCACCUUGUAUAUUUCCGGCAAAGGCUUGGAGAGAGGGACUGGGGGCGGACGUAGAAAGCCAGCGACAGACAUUCAUUUCGUAAGCCGGGGCUUUCCUGGACCGUAGAACCGAGUGCCUUUCUGAGGCGGCCAUGGAGGCGGAGGUGGGACCAGGGAAAUCUGGGGAACCGGCUGAGCUUCCGGCAUCCGUGCGGGCGAGGAUCGAGCGAAAUCGGCAGAGAGCGCUGAUGCUCCGCCAGGCCCGGCUGGCGUCCAGGCCGUACCCGGCGGUGGGGGCGGUGUCGGGGAGCGCUGAAGGUGCAGGCAUUACUAAUGUGAAAUCAGCACCAAAAAUAAUUGACACAGGAGCAGGUUUCUUUUUAGAAGAGGAAGAAGAAGAGGAGCACAAAAUUGACAAAGUUGUACAUAAACCAGGGCCUGUUCUAGAGAGUGAUUAUGCCAUUUGUGAAGAAUGUGGGAAAGAGUUUAUGGAUUCUUACCUCAUCAACCACUUUGAUUUGGCAACUUGUGAUAAUUGCAGAGAUGCUGAUGGUAAACACAAGCUUAUAACCAAAACAGAAGCAAAACAACAGUACCUCUUGAAAGAUUGUGAUUUAGAAAAGAGAGAACCAGUGCUUAAAUUUAUUGUGAAGAAGAAUCCUCAUCAUUCACAGUGGGGUGACAUGAAACUUUACUUAAAACUGCAGGUUAUAAAGAGGGCUCUUGAAGUCUGGGGUAGUGAAGAAGCCCUAGAAGAAGCAAAGGAAGUUCGACAGGAAAACCGGGAGAAGAUGAAACAGAAAAAAUUUGAUAAAAAAGUAAAAGAAUUACGCAGAGCUGUAAGAAGCAGCGUAUGGAAAAAAGAAAAAGCUGUUCACCAGCAUGAAUAUGGACCAGAAGAAAGCAUUGAAGAUGACAUGUACCAGAAGACUUGUACAAUUUGUGGCCACCAACUGACAUAUGAAAAAAUGUAAUGUGAGUUUUUAAACUUAACCACUUUGAAAUAUUUUGUAUUUAAAUAAAGAAAAUUUUAAUGACAAGUAAUGUAAUUAUGCAAGACUGUUAACAUGAAGUGGUUUCAGUUUUCUUUGUUAGCAAGCACUGAUUUUUACAUAUGGGCAGUUAUUUACUAAACACUUAUGAUUAAAGGCAAGUUAACUAAUUUUCAUCAUGCAGUGGGGUGAAUACAUAAAAUCUUAAGGUCAUAAGUUCUUGCUAUACUUUUAGUCCUGGUCUUAUAAAAACAGCUACAUUAUUCUCUUUAAUUCUCAAUCAAUUUAAGUUUGGUAUUGCCUGUAUUUUUGGAGUUGCCAUAAAACUUGCCUAAAACACACCCACAUGUUUUACCAUACUGACUUAUUCCAGUGGUAAUACCUAGCUCCGAAUUCUAUGCAAUGCAACUGCCAAGGACUGUGCUGAGAAAGUGGUCAUCUGUGACAUUAUAAAUUAUAUCUAGCAGGAAAAACAACUUAACAAAACAAUAAUUUGGAUCAUGUUUAUGUAGUCAUUACUUUGUCAUGUUGUAUAUUAUUUUAACCAUAAUGAAUAAAGUACAAGUAAAUCAU